UUUCCGGUGUGAGCAAAACAUUCUAAAGCAACUAGUGUAGUCUAAGUACACUUUAUUAAUAUAAAAUAGCUAAAUAAAUGAAGCAUGUGGUGAGGAGAAAACUCGUCCUUCAGCCAACAACUGCUAUCUCUCGCCAACUUGAAACGACUCUCGCCGCCAUAACUUUGGACAAGUGUGAAUAUUAAUAUGCUUUGCGCGAUCACACAAAGCUCCAAUGGCGAUGUUGUGAUGGAGGAACCAAUCAGCAUCGUAAACGUUUGCCCUACGGAACACAACUGGGGACUCACAGUUUGAAACUACAAACAUGCCUCGACCCACUCGGAGUCGACUGUCUCCAUGGAUAGAGAGUCUGAUCCUGGGCUACGGCAGCCGGGAGGAGAGCGGCAGAGGGCGGCUGAAGGCCCACGUCAUCGGGGUGGGUCAGAUGACCCUGUCCCAGGCUCUCGGCUCAGAGGGCCCCACAGGGCUCCUCUUCCUGUCCGACGGGCUGCUCCAGAUCCCCGCCAUCCUCACAGCGUCCGCCUGGGAGCACCUUCAGGAGCAGGAGGACCGCGAGUGUUUCACCAGCCUGCUCAACACCACGGUGUGCAUCCAGGACUACCGGCUGCAGUUCCACAUGGCCCUGGAGCAGACCAAGUGCAGGUUCGUCUUGUCAGUCGGGGAACUGGCCACGACCGCGGCCGGGCCGGUUAAAGACGGCACCCCUUGCAGCACGACGCUGCCCUCCGUCAGGUCAAAGAUCUGCAAGACGUGGAGGGCCCUGCUGGGUCAGGAGACGCAGGACUCCCAGUGUGGGUUUGACCUGUCGGAGCUCCUUGGGGAGUGGCAGCACGAUUGCCUGCAGGCCGUGCUGGAAGAUGUCCGGGACAGGCUGACGACAGCGAGCCCGCAGCCCACCACAUCAACAUGCGACCCGUCAGCGACCCACCCAGACACAUUCACCACCACAAGCUGGGAUGUAGACAGGAUCAGAUAUAAGGGGGAGAAACGUUUCAGUGUCCCCAUGAAGUGUCUUCUCAUCCCAGAGGAAGACAGUCAGCAGAUGCAAACACCUCCAAAUGUCAGAAGCGGGACAGCGAGUGGACUUUCUGUCGCCUCUGAGGACAGGAAUAGAGACUCGCCCCGACCUUCGGGGACCACGCCGCCUUCUGUUGACGACGCAGAAUGGCGAACAGCCAAGCCAGCAGUUGUAGAGGGAGAUGAAGAUGCCAGUGAGACUUCGCCGUGCGUGGAGGACAGCAUGCUAGACGAGAACGCGUUUGCAGCCCUGAUUGAUGGAGACGUCCUGCCUUUAUCCAACCCCUGGGACAAUUUCUCUCCACCAUGGGUCACCUUUUCCUCCGAUGUGUCUCCACCAUCGAGCCCCCCGCCGCACAAUCCCGCUGCUCCAGAAUUCAGGUCUGAUCACUCUGUGAUCUCAACCAGCACACAGCUUCCUGUCCACAGCUCCGAGGACUCCCAGCAGACAUCAGAGUCCACCAACCUCCCGCUGUACCAGAAACAGCCACACUCGUCCAGUCCCCCUGUCACGGCUGCUUCUUUGACUUCUGUGAGUCCACCAGACCCCCUCAGCAGACCCUCAGGCCCGCUCCCCGCCUCAGAAGAACGCCAUGACGAUGCAGCUAAACGAACUAUUCUGGCUUUGGACCAAGAAAGCCAGAUUUUGGAAGAAGACGUGGAGGAGACCAUCAAGGGGAAAUACAGAAAGGCAAAGAGAAAGAGAAGUGAGCCCACACCAGAAGCAAAGACCACCCUAGUGGAGGAGGAGGAAGCUCAGAUCGGUGGGAGCCCUCCGUCCUGGCUCUUUGACACCCCGGCAGGCUCCGGGGCCGACGAGGGCAGCGGUCACGGGGAGACUUUAGGAGCUGUCUCGAGAAAGAGACCCACCGUCCACAGCGAUGGCCGGCUCUUCUCUUAUUCUUACCAGCUGUCAGGACAGAACCUGCUGGAUUUCAGUCGACUCAAAGUGGCAGAGUCCCUGUUGCACUGGGCCGUGAAAUAUCUUGUGGUCCCGAAGCAGACGGAUGAUCCAGUAACCUCCAAUCGGACGUCGUCCAACGGGGCCAACGGGGCCGACGCGGUCGACGUGACCACGCUUUAGAGUCAAAUGUCAAACUGAUCUGUUAUUGUUUCAGUCGCUGUUGUCAGCAUGCUGGAUGUUACAAUCACCUCUGACAUAGUGUCGACUCAUGAUAAUGUUCCUUAAGCCCGUUUUGUACAGAAUCUGUGACACACCGAGUAAAAAGUCCAGUUUGUAACAAAUAUUGGUACAUUUUCACUGUGAAACAUUUUAAGCUCGACCAGCGUAAAUAAAGAAGGAAAUAAUUUUAUUUGCUUUCUUAACUUAACUAGAAUAGUAAAAUAAUCGUCGGACGGAUCUUGCAGUGUGAGAGGAAAAAUAAAGCGCGUUAAUCAUUUUCGCAUGUUGGGUUAACAUCACACCGCCUUUUGACACAGUAGGGUCUCAUUAAGUACAUAUGGUGAGAGUAAUAGCUAACAGUUUACACAACCUGCUACUGUAUGGUGAGUUAAUCAUAGGAAUGUGAUCCAGUGUUGACAAAAACUAUUGAGUAAUUUAUUAAAUUGAAUAUAUGAUGGCCAAGGCAUACUUACCAUCCUUCAUAUCAGAGGAAACAACUGUGACCUAUAUUAGAGGUCACUAUGAUACAAACCACCAGAUUUCCAUCAUGUGGUGUAACUAUUCAGAAAAAAUAAGCUUUCCUGGCAGUUUAACCAGUGGCGUGGACUCAGGUCACAUGACUUGGACUCGAGUCACAAAUGUGAUGACUUCGGUCUCGACUUGACAAAAUGAAAGAAGACUUGCAACUCUACUUGGAUUUUAAAACAAUGACUCGUAACUUCAUUUGGUCUGAAGCCUUUUGACAUGAGAACACUCGAUACCUUCCCCCCAAGACGGAAGAUGAAAAAAGUCUGACACGGAUCAGUUAAUUUCCUGAAUCAACGUUAUCGCUUCUCAUUCCCUGCAAGUUGACAUU